AUGUCUCAUCUUGGGAAGACGGAAAUAGACGUCCACCUCAAUGCCUCUGCCCAGAAGUUUCAUGAAAUGUUCACCAGCAAUCCUCAUCACAUCGCCAACAUUAGUCCUGCUAAAAUCAAGUCUGUGACUAAGCUUGAAGGUGAUUUCGCAAAAGCCGGCUCCGUCGUUGUCUGGAAUUACGUUCUUGAUGGGAAGGAGGGGGUGGCGAAGGAUGUGAUCGAAGCUGUGGAUUCAGCAAAGAACCUGAUAAUUUUCAGGGUGAUGGAGGGAGAUCUUCUGAAGCAUUACAAGAGCUUUAAGUUCAUAAUUCAAGUGAGCCCAAAGGCAAAAGGAAGUGUGGCUCACUGGACUCUUGAGUAUGGGAAGUUGCAUGGGAGAAUCCCAGAUCCACACACUGUAAUGCAGUUGGCGACAGAACUGAGCAGAGAAAUUGAUGCAAGUCUCACCCAGGGACAGGCACAGGAAGAACAGUUAUUGGGGAAGGUGGGAGUUGAUGUGCACAUUAAUGCUUCUGCAGACAAUUUUCACGAAAUGUUAAGCAGCAAGCCACACGAUAUUCCCAAUGUUUCUCCUGCUAGAAUUAGAGAUGCUAUUCUUGAAGGAAGUUGGGGCAAGUCGGUUCCGUUAUUACCAGGCAUUACGUCCAUGGUACGCAACUUCGCCACCACCUCUCUCUCUUUCUCUGUCAGUCCCACCCCACAGUUAAUUCACUUAAUUGAAUCUGUUUUAUAUAUGUUGAACAUGAUGCUGAUUCAAGAACGAACUUGUGUUGUAUUUGUGAAUUGUGCAGAAGGGAAGAACAGUGUGGUUAAGGAGGUGAUUUAA